UUUGCAUAUUUUCAGCUCAAUUUUUCCAUACCAAAAAACGACUGUAGGGAUUAUGCCAUCCUCCAGAGGCAUUCUAUCAACUCGUUGUUGGACAAGCCAGAAAUAUUGCCGCAAUCCCCAGGAGAUCUGCUGGGGCUGAAUUCCCCGCGAGGCUUGAUCGGGAUGAAUUAUGGAAACGCCUCCAAUAAUGAUUUCCAACAACAAUGCGCUUGUACUCCACCAGCUUCUUCUUCCUAUUUCCAGUUGGACUUUGAUGACCACAAACUAUGUGAUAACUCCAGUCCUUUGAAUUAUUCGGCAGCUACCUCCACACCGAAAUGUCUGCAGAGGAACAUGUCAUUGGGCAGUGCGGGCACUUCCCCAUGUACACCUCCUCAUUAUUAUUCUGCACGUACUCUGAGAAGUACUUCCUUCAGUGAUAGUUGUGGAAGCAGCAGCCCGACCGUUCUAGAACACCCUCUGUUCAACGCCAAUAAUAAUUAUUCUAGGUCCAACACUCCUGAGUCCGAUUCGGGAAUAUCCAGCCCCGACGGAGGCCUGAAUGAUAUAUUCAAUUCACUGAACUUGAAUGACAAUUUGGCGCGAAACCUUCUCUACAAUGGAGCUAGCGACUUGGACAUCGCCAACCUGCAACAAUUGCAAGCCAUCCAGGCUUUGAAAUACCUGCAACAGCAGCCGCCGUCACCUGCCUUACUCAAUUCGCUGUUGCCCUCGUCCUGUGCGCACAACAAUGUGCAGCAAUUAUUCGGCAUUAACCUUGUGUCGGAAAGCUUACAGCUAGACAGAGCAGCUCGUUUGAAUCGAUCUGCAGCCUCCCUCUACGACGCGACGUGCACGUGGAGCGGCGUCCUGCCGCCCCGCGCCGCCGCCAAACACGCCGGCUACUCGAGCAAGGUCUUUUUGGGUGGUGUGCCCUGGGACAUCAGCGAGCAGUUGCUCGUCCAGACGUUCAAGCCCUACGGCGCGAUACGCGUCGAAUGGCCCGGCAAGGACAAGCAGGCCACGCAGCCGAAAGGAUACGUCUACGUUAUCUUCGAGACGGAGAAGAACGUCAAGGCGCUGCUGCAGGCUUGCUCUUGCGACUACGUCAACAACGGUAUCACCUGGACGGAGAAGGCCGACAGGAACGCUAACAAGCUUGCGAUCGAGGAGCAUUGCCCUGCCGGAGAUUACGGCCAUCGCAGAAGCUGGAACGACAAGAACGCUAACAAGGCUUUGAUGGAAGAGCCCUGCGUCGGCGAGUACGCUAAUCGCAGGUGCUGGAACGACAAGACGACGAAAGCCUUGACGCAGGCGUCGUGCCACAACGAUUACUCCAUCAGCAGCAACUGGUACUAUAAGAUCAGCUCAAAGCGUAUGAAGGCAAAGGAGGUUCAAGUCAUCCCGUGGGUGAUAAACGAUUCGAACUACACGAAAUCCACCUCCCAAAAAUUGGAUCCCAGCAAAACGGUGUUCGUAGGAGCUUUGCACGGCAUGCUGAACGCUGAAGGUCUCGCCAAAAUCAUGAACGACCUUUUCGAUGGUGUAGUCUAUGCGGGCAUAGAUACUGAUAAAUACAAGUAUCCGAUUGGUUCUGGGCGAGUCACCUUCAACAAUCAGAUUUCCUAUACGAAAGCGGUAGCUGCGGCUUUCAUCGAAAUCAAAACGGCGAAAUUCACCAAAAAAGUGCAAGUCGACCCCUACCUGGAGGACUCCCUCUGCUCGAUCUGCCAGGUGCAGCAAGGCCCCUACUUCUGCCGCGACAUGAACUGUUUCCGCUACUUCUGCCGCACCUGCUGGCAGUGGCAGCACGCCGGCGAGUACCGCCUCCACAAGCCGCUCAUGCGCAACUCGAAGAACAGCCAGGUGGUCGGCUUGGGCACGGUCGCCGUCAUGCCAACUUCUCCAGGGGUGGGGGUGGUCUCGUCCUCCGCCUCCUCCUCGGCUUCUUCUUCAUCGAGCUCUGCCGUGUCGGCGAUCGCCAAUUGAGCAUAAGCAAGUAUUAGCGCUCACUUUGUUGUUGUUGUUGUUUUUUUUUCUCCGCGCGGUUGAAGGUUUGAUGCUGUUGCGCGGGAGUUUAUUGGAACUGUUUGAUCGAAUGGCACUAUGAAGAUUAACUGUUGACGGGGAAAUUUUGGUAGGUCGAGGAGUUUAGAACGAGCUGUGUCAAUCACAAAAACCCGGUGUUUAUCUGUCAU